AUGAAGUUGCCCUCCAAGGUGAAGGAGAUACAGAGUCUGACGGGCAGAGCAGCGGCCCUCAACCGAUUCCUCUCGAGAUCAACCGACAAGUGCAAACCAUUCUUCAAAGCUUUAAAGAAAGGACAAAGAGACAAAUGGGACGAGAAGUGCGAAGCAGCUUUCCAGAAUCUGAAGACUUAUCUCACUUCACCUCUCCUGCUCUCAAAGCCAGUCCCUGGUGAGGACUUGUUCGUGUACCUGGACAGUGUCGAACUCAGCUGUCAGUUCAGCUCUCAUCCGAGAAGAGCUAGGGGCCCAACAUCCGAUAUUCUAAAUGUCAAAAGCUUUCCUCGAUGCAGAGACUCGCCACCCGAAAUUACCCUACUACCAAGCUCAUCGAGUCAUCGUUAUGACCGACUUUCCUUUAAGAUCAAUCAUCCACAGCCCUGA